AUGUCUGAGAUGUACAGUAUGAUCGAUGACUAUCUGGCAUGGAACGGGUCCUCUUCUGAUCUCGAACCUCUGCGUCCCGACAGCGCAGGGACUAUGUUCGUCGACUUUGCUUCCAACGGCGAGAUGGAGAUCUCCUACCGCAGUGGCUUGAAUAAGAAACUCCCGACCCCACCUGUGCCAUCAAAGAACCCAGAACGGACGAAAUCCACUCCUUUGCGCCACGAUACGAGUGUCAAAGAAAACGUUCGCCCGACUGCACAACGAAAGGAACAACGAAAAGUUGAGCAGUCAAAGCCACUUCCUACCCACCCAUCCGUUUCGUCACGCCACGACUCAGUCAUGUCGUCAGGAGCCAACAGCGAACGAGCAACCACCAACCAAACCCACCACCUCCCCCGCCUAUCUUCGCAAACCUCCUGGCACAUCCGCCCUCCCUCCCGGAAUCGGCACCCGCCGCAAGUUCACGCCACCCAGCGCCCACCCUCGCGCCUCGCGUCACCCACCCCACCGCAAACCGCCUCCUCCACCUCCUCCUACGGCGCAUACACCGUCACCCAACCCUGCGGCCUGACAAUGCACUUCCAGCCGCCCACCUCACGUUCCAGUACCCCUUCCCAAGCCUCCCCAACCCCGACCCCCCGCCGCGCCUACAUCCGCGGCCACGACCCGCCCACAAACUACACCUACACCUACGACGGCCGCACCAUGCACAUCCACCGCUCGCCCACGCCGUCGCGCCCGCUGUCGCGCACGUCGGAGUACUUCGACAUCGCCGCGGGGAGCUAUGACUCGCCCAACGUGAGCCAGAACCCUGCGCGCGCGCCCUCGAAAACCAAGUCCAGGGCGGGGCCAAGUGGGAAGCCGCUGCCGCCGCUGCCGCGUGCGCCGGGGUGCGACGAUUUGCCGGAGCCGCCGAGGGGCGAUGCGGCGCGGCGCCGUAGAGUGCUGGGGUUUGUGAGGAAGUUGCUGGGCAGGUUGGAUCAGAUGGGUGUCAUGGGGGAUUUGGCGCAGAGGCGGAUGGGACGUCCGUCGCCUGGGAGUGAGGUGGAGUCGUGGGCGAAGGGUGGCUAUGUCGUGUAG